AUGAGAAAUCCAACGUUGGCUUCUGUUAGCGGAAGCGCUGGACCAUCGGAGAGGUCGCCUCUACUCGGCAAUGAUGACUCCUCCAAGCAUCCGCACACUGCGCAGUCGGUUCUCAAUGGACAGGAUGAAGAAGCUGUAGGCCAAAAUGAGUCUGGCUCUGCUCGUGAAGCCCAAUUCAGCGGUCUACCUGACGCGCAGAUGAAAUUGAAAUACAUCGUGCCAGCGGUGUCGAUUGGGAUAUUCCUUGGAGCAGCAGACCAGACAAUCAUCGUAUCCAGCUACGGAAAGAUUGGAAGUGACCUGCAAGCUCUGAAUUUGACGAGCUGGAUUGCGACCUCAUACUUCCUGACCCUCACCUCCUUCCAGCCGCUCUAUGGCCGUCUCAGUGACAUAUUCGGCCGCAAGUCAUGCCUGCUUUUUGCAUAUGCUGUGUUCGGAAUUGGGUGCAUCUGCUGUGGCCUCGCCAGGAAUAUUGAGGAGCUGAUUGCUGCGAGAGUGUUCCAAGGCAUUGGAGGUGGGGGCAUGACAACUGUCGUAAGCAUUCUUAUGAGCGAUAUCGUCCCUCUGCGUGAUCGCGGGGUCUGGCAGGGCAUCAUUAAUAUCAUAUGGGCAACCGGGAGUGCAGUUGGGGCACCUACAGGCGGUAUUUUGGCAGACUAUAUUGGCUGGCGAUGGGCUUUCCUCCUCCAGGGUCCAAUAUGUCUGCUAGCCUUCAUAUCCGUGGCGUUUAUACUACAUCUGCCCGUACAGGAAGAGGCUCACUGGCUGCAGAAACUCCGCCGAAUAGAUUUUCUAGGGGCAUUAAUCCUUGUCGGAGCAGUAUUUGCAUUCCUCAUCGGAGCAGACAGGGGUAGCAAUGUCUCUUGGUCUAUCCCUAUAACUAUCGUAUCCAUGUGCCUGGCAGCCGUUCUCUUUAUUAUUUUCCUCUGUGUUGAAGUCUGGGUAGCCUAUGAACCUUUCGCCCCGAGUCAUAUAAUCUUUGAAAGGGGCCUAUUCGCUUGCUAUGCAUGCAACUUUUUUAGUUUCGCCGGAUUUAUGGGGGUUCUUUUUUACUUCCCCCUAUAUUUCCAGGCCACAGAGGGCGUUUCUGCCACCGGGGCUGGCAUCAGACUCUUACCGUCUAUUUUGGCUGGUGUCUCUGGCUCCUUGUUUGGUGGUGUCGUAAUGAAAAUGACAGGCAAAUAUUUUUGGAUCACAAUCAUGGGCUACUGUCUUCUAACUAUAGGAGUAACUGUCACAUUCCUUUGGUCUGGAGUUGUUGCUCGAAGCACCGCCGGGAUUAUCGCUGGAAUGUGCGUCGCAUCAUUCGGAAAUGGAAUCAGCAUAACCACUACGUUAAUUUCCUUGAUUGCAUGUGCUACCCCUCAGGACCAGGCAGUGGCAACAGCAUGUUCUUAUCUGUUCCGAUCAUUGGGUUCAGUAAUGGGACUUGCACUCUCGUCCACGGUUGUCCAACAAUCUCUCCGAACUUGUCUACGCUCUGUUCUUGGAAACAAUAUGGAUAUCGAUAAGAUCGUCAACGGCGUACGCCAGAGUCUGGACUUUAUCAACACUCUCGAUCCACGGAUACAGCGAAUAGUGCGAGAUUGCUAUGGGAAUGCUGUCAACUGUUCAUUUGGCCUUUCAAUUAUUGUCGUCAUUUUCACGAUAAUCAGUGCCUUUCUCAUCCGUGAAAACGCUCUCAGCCGUUGA